UUUGGAGCUUAUCCAGCCAGUCAAUCAAGUCGGUGUAAUCAUGGAAUUCGUCUCUCAUUUGAAUGAUCCCGACGUAUUCAACGAUCCACAGGGCUUCAGAGAGCUGAAUAUCCAACUCUUCGCAAAGGAGAAAGCCACGGACAUUUCCUCAACGGCUUCACCAGGACAGUUAUCACCGACGUUGAAAGCUGUUGUGUCUGACGAUGUUGAAAUUGACGUUGAAGAUGAGCGUGAAUCGGGUGCUUCGACAAAGGCCAUCUCAAAUAUUGAACUGUUCAAACUGCUGCUAUCGAAAGUUGCGGGUAAAGAUCGUUUGUCCAAGGUUUCCCAGUACGCGCUGAACUUGAUCAAGUUCCAUCUCAUAAACACCAGAAGGUUUAUCAUCAAUGAGAAGUUUGAGAACAUCUCGCCCGACCCGAGAGAGCACUGGAGAGAGCCGCUGAAGUACAUGAAACUGCUGCUUUUCUUGAACUCAACGACUUUGGAGAAGAAGAUAUUUGAAGCCACCAAGAACAUCUCUUCAUUCCGUUAUGCCUUGAGAUUUGGCGGGACCCCAUUACGGAUCAAGAGCUUCAUCGAGACGCUGAAAUCGUUCACCAAGUCGCCAUCUCUGCUGAACUUCCAUCUAAUCUUCUGCAACGAACAAUUCCUGGGGGACUUCAUAGACUUGUACUAUGGAAUCUUUGACGAGUUGGAGUUACUCUUCAAGAUCAACGUACUGACGAACCCAACGGUCAAGUCGUUUGUCGUACGUCAAGGUGUGCUGGCAUGGUACGCCGAUAUCCUACUUGGCUUGAAGAAGAACUGGGUCAAACUGGAGACCAACAGAGAGAGACAGUUGCAGAUUGACAUCCAACGCCAAGUACGCAAGCGUGCUAGCAUCAUGAGCAAGAAGAUUGUGGAAAGCGUUGGAAGUACACCUUUGAGACACCAGUUAAUGAGAGAAUUUGCCAAUAGAUCACCUGUGGAUACCGGUGUCACCCUGGCACAGGAGUUGAAACAGCUGAAAAGGGAGGAAGCCAUAGCCAAAUUGGAUCUUAUAAGGUUGUCGUUUGACUUCAUGUGUGAUUCUAUUGAUGUCUUUAACUUGAACCUCCCUUCAAAUGUCUAUCUCACGUGCGGGUUGAUCUCUGGUAUCUGUGGGCUACGCAAAGUGUGGGUAAUGUGCCGACAAGAACUCGAGGAUAAGUGUUGAGACUGAGAAGACUACACACGGAAUUACUUCUUAUAAGCAUUGACUAUUGACCGAUUUCUAUUCUAUAACAAUAUA